GACAUCAGGAAUAUCCCAACCGUAGGGAAUAAUAUCCAGAGAAAGAAAAGUGUCCCGUUCCUUUUUACUGAGCUUCGUCGUCGUUUCCCUAACCUUCACAUGUGGGGCGCUGGCAUCACAGACCUGGACCUCCAACCCAGAGUGCCAGACCUGCGGGUGGAGUUCCUUACCGAAUGCUUAACUUGUCCUCCUUCAGUUCUAAGAGAGGCAUGUGAGAGGACUCGUAUAUCCGGGGUGGGAAAGUACACUGCAAACCAGUCUCCUGUACCCAGCAGUGGUCCACCAGUCAAGCACUUGUAUCAUCGAGGUCAAGGACAUUUUGUGGAACAUCCCCCACAAGAGUGCAAACUUUGCGCAAGAGACAUAAUCAACAUUUUAAUUCACGAUCUCUGCAUCCAAGGUGAACACAUCAAAAUAGAUGUAACCCAACAAGAGAUACACACCAAUCACCAACUGCAACCUGCUCCUAUUCGAUACAGUGACAUCUUAAUUUUCUUUGAAAGUGAUGUCGACGAAAAGACUCCAAUGGUGCAGUCUCUCGUGACUGAAGGUAUUUCAGUUCAAUUUAUUAACGACCAGAAUCAGUCUGCCAUAUUCAGGCAAGAAAAAAGCUCGGUUUUGGUGGCAAAUUCCAGCCUCUGUCUGGGAUAUAGAAGAAAGGUGGUGGUGUUUGUGGAGGGCGAUACAGACAGUAACGACAUCACUGUCAGAUGGAACAGGUUGAGAUGCUGGACUUGCUGCACUUCACAGCUGAUCCUGGUGCACAAUAUUAAGACUUGAAAGAUUUUCUUUUUCCAUCAGACACUUUGAUUUACCAUACAUUUUCUCUAGACCUUCUUCUUAUCUUCUUUCUCUCUUUAUUUAAAAUAGUAUUCUUUAUUUUACUCAGUUUUAUCGCUGAGAUUGUGUAGGGGAAUCGAAUCGAAGAGGCACAAGUUCAGGGGAAUAUCACUGAGAGAGUCACAAAGAAGAUGGCGGAGAAAGCCGUUGUGUUUUCCCGCUCACACCGCCAUUUUUAGAGCAUCUGCUUUUCUCUUAUCCAUGACGUCAUUAUUUUGCUUCAAGUGACGGGAAACAAAUGACGU